CUCCUUCCCUCGUUUUCUGCUCUUCUCAUCUUCGGCCCUAGCUCUCUACUUUCCUCCAAACCCUUUUCUCUCUCUAAAACCAGCCAUUUUCUCUCUUAAAAUUCUCAAAUCCCAUCGUCAUUCUCAUAACCUUGUAGUCAUAGUUCUCGUUUAUGUCCACUGAUGUUCCCAGUCAACUUCUAACACAAAACACUAGUGAUUAAUAUUGACAGCUGUACGAUCAGUUUAAUGCUCCAUGUCUGGGGGCGUUGGAGCUUCAAACCGCCCGGCAUCGCCACCACCCGAGACUUCUCAGAAUCGGCCGCCACUUAAGCGUCACCUGGCCUUCGCAUCGACUAAACCGCCAUUUGUUCCUCCGGAUGAUUAUCACAGCUUUUCUUCUCCCAACUCUAGAAGAGCUGCCGAUCAAGAGCCUGAAGCUGUUGUUGUUCGAUCUCCUUACAUGAAGCGGAAGAGCAUAGUGAAUGACAGCAAUGGAGAGUCCCAGGGAUGGAGUAACAGCCCAGCUGCUAAUGUAACAAGUAGUCCCCUUAAAACACCUGUGUCUGCAAAAGGUGGAAGGGCAUACAGUAAGUCCAAGGUUGCCAAGGAAGGCAAAUCUGGUCCUCAGACCCCCAUCUCAAAUGCUGGUUCCCCUUCUCUAACUCCUGCUGGCAGCUGCCGUUAUGACAGUUCCUUGGGUUUAUUGACUAAGAAGUUCAUCAAUUUGCUCAAGCAUGCAGAGGAUGGUGAUCUUGACCUAAACAAAGCAGCUGAAACUUUGGAGGUGCAAAAGAGGAGGAUAUAUGACAUAACCAAUGUUUUGGAAGGAAUUGGUCUCAUUGAGAAAAAGCUCAAGAAUAGGAUACAUUGGAAGGGAAUCAAAUCUUCUACAUCUGGAGAGGUUGAUGGUGAUGUAUCUAUGCUGAAGGCAGAUGUUGAGAAGCUUUCUUUGGAAGAGCAAAGAUUAGAUGAUCAAAUAAGGGAAAUGCAGGAAAGGCUGAGAAAUCUGAGCGAAGAUGAAAAAAACCAGAAGUGGCUUUUUGUAACUGAAGAAGAUAUCAAGGGCCUACCCAGCUUACAGAAUGAAACUCUAAUAGCAAUUAAAGCGCCACAUGGGACCACUUUGGAAGUCCCUGAUCCUGAGGAAGCCGUUGACUAUCCACAGAGGAGAUACAGAAUAAUUCUUAGAAGCACAAUGGGUCCUAUUGAUGUCUACCUUGUCAGUCAAUUUGAGGAGAAAUUUGAAGAGAUGAAUGGCGUCGAGCCCCCUGCAAGCCUCCCACUUGCUUCAAGUUCAGGGUCAAAUGAACACCUAACGACAGAAAUGACUCCUCUUGAACAUAAUGGGAAGGGUCUUGAAUCUCAAACUCAACUGUCUUCUCAUACAUGCUCUGAUCUAAAUGCUUCACCAGAGUUCGGCGGGGGCAUUAUGAAAAUUGUUCCUUCUGAUGUUGAUAAUGAUGCAGAUUACUGGCUACUAUCAGAUGCUGACGUUAGCAUUACAGAUAUGUGGAGAACAGAUUCAAGUGUUGAUUGGAAUGGGGUGGACAUGCUUUCCUCUGAGUUUGGAAUCAUCUCAAGGCCACAAACUCCAUCAUCUGGGUUUGCUGAUGGACCAUCGUCAUUAGCUAACUCUACUCAGAGGUGAAAGCUGAUGCGUCUAAAAUCACGUGGUACCAGAAAGCAUGGUUAGCCCCCAGCCAUUUAUUCAUUAAGGGAAACUACUUUGAUAAAGUAUUUGGUAGCCUGUAUGGAUAUUGAGGAUGAUCUCUGGAGCCAUUGAAUGUGAAGCUGGGGAUUUAUGCUAUGCUGUUCAGUUAACAUGAUUGACCAUCUCUUUUGAAUAAACUGGUAACAGGUUAUGCUUGAUGGAAGAUUUAGCUUGAAGGCUGAUUCGUUGAUUUAAGAUAUUUACUGAAAGUUUUGCUGCUCUGUGAAAUACAGUAGACGCCAUAUUCAUCACCUCUCUUGUGAAUCACAAGUCUCAGGCGUCUUGGAUUCCCUUAUUCGCAAGGCUUGCAGUAUAGCGCAGCAACUAGGUAGAUGCUGCACAAAAUGCAGCCAAGCUGCAAGGAUGUACUGGAUAUCAUUAACAGGAAAAGAACCUUGAUCUUAAAUAA